AGCCAAACACACCUGCCUCUGGUGCUCUAUUUCCUAUUGCUAAAAAGGUCUCUAAGGUCACGUUUAGGUCUCACUUUGCGUCUUCACCAGCAAUUUUCCUUUUAUGUUUUCUCAUCUGUAAAGCGAGGGGGGAGGUGGGACUAUUUCUGUGAUAAUCUUCAGUUCUAGGAUAAUUUGGGGAAAGGGAUCUCUUUAAUGCUUUGGAUAUUGCCAAUAGGUAGAAAUCCUCUUUGAUGAGUGUUAUCUUUAUUUUCAGUUCCGAAGCAAUCUAAGGGCAACAGAUAAGAAUAAGGAUGCCCCGAAACUGGCUGUCUUUGUUCCCAACCAGAAACAGAGAAGGGAGUAACCCGGUGGCCAUAUUUAUUUCUGGCAAUUGAAGGUCGCUAGAGGAGCUGAAGCCGCUUGCUGCCAUGCCUAGUGCUGGCAGGAUACGGUCAAGACCUUGCGCCCCGCUAGUCUAAUGUCGUGGCUCUUCUUUGCUGAUCCUACCCGCUCUAGUUUUAAACCAGCGGUUCCAGGGUUCUCCCGGCCUCUCUCUGUCCCCCGCCCCGAGGCUGGGAAGGCCUAAAGCGAAGACAGAGAGAGGACCCGGAAGUUGUGGUGACCUCCAAAAGCACGUGAUGAGGGACCCGCUGGUGUUGUCACGUGAGCCGCCCACCUGCGGUACCUCGGGGCCGAACUUGCAGCUGCUCUUAAAGACCCUCAUCCGCCGGGUCAGAGCCAAGCCUGGACUCUCGCUGACUUUGAACCCUUCGCGGGAUCGGAACUUGAUGCCAUGGGAGGCUGUGCGGGCUCGCGGCGGCGCCUUUUGGAUUCCGAGGGGGGGGAGACCGCCCCCGAACCUCGGCCCCGUCUGUUAGACCGUCAGGGAGCCCUUUGGAAGAACGCGAUGGGUUUCUGGCUCCUGGGCCUUUGCAACAACUUUUCCUAUGUGGUGAUGCUCAGCGCCGCCCAUGACAUCCUUAGCCACCAGAGGGCAUCCGGGAACCAAAGCCGUGUAGACCCAGACCCAGCGCCCACCACCCGCAAUAGUUCAUCUCGAUUUGACUGCAACUCUGUCUCCACGGCUGCGGUGCUCCUGGCCGACAUCCUCCCCACCCUCGUCAUCAAAUUGCUGGCCCCUCUUGGUCUUCAUCUGUUGCCCUACAGCCCCCGGGUGCUCGUCAGCGGGAUUUGUUCUGCGGGAAGCUUCAUCCUGGUUGCCUUUUCUCAUUCAGUGGGGACCAGCCUGUGUGGUGUGGUCUUGGCUAGCAUCUCGUCAGGUCUGGGGGAGGUCACCUUCCUCUCGCUCACCGCCUUCUACCCCAGGGCCGUGAUCUCCUGGUGGUCCUCAGGAACCGGGGGAGCAGGGCUGCUGGGAGCGUUGUCCUACCUGGGCCUCACCCAGGCUGGCCUCUCCCCCCAGCACACCCUGCUGUCCAUGCUGGGUAUCCCCGCCCUGCUGCUGGCCAGCUAUUUCUUUUUGCUCACAUCUCCCGAGCCCCAGGACCCUGGAGGGGAGGAAGAGGCAGAGACAUCAGCCCGGCAGCCCCUGAUAAACAGCGAGGCCCCCGAGGCGAAGUCAGACUCCAGCUCGAACCUCUCCCUUCAGGAAAGGUGGACCGUGUUCAAGGGCCUGCUGUGGUACAUCGUCCCCUUGGUCCUGGUCUACUUUGCGGAAUAUUUCAUCAAUCAGGGGCUUUUUGAGCUCCUGUUCUUCCGGAACACGUCCCUGACUCACGCUCAGCAGUACCGCUGGUACCAGAUGCUCUACCAGGCCGGUGUCUUUGUGUCCCGCUCUUCUCUCCGCUGCUGUCGAAUCCGCUUCACGUGGGUCUUGGCCCUGCUGCAGUGCUUCAACCUGGCCUUCCUGCUGGUGGACGUGUGGUUGAGCUUCCUGCCCAGCAUCUACCUCGUCUUCCUGAUCAUUCUGUAUGAGGGACUCCUGGGCGGUGCUGCCUAUGUGAACACCUUCCACAACAUUGCGCUGGAGACGAGUGAUGAGCACCGGGAAUUUGCCAUGGCGGCCGCCUGUAUCUCCGACACCUUGGGCAUCUCCCUGUCAGGGCUCCUGGCCCUGCCUCUGCACGACUUCCUUUGUCAUCUGUCUUGACACUCUGGCUUCUUGGAGCACUGGUCACACUAAUCUGGGCCUGCGCUGACAGGCGGGCAAGUCAGGCCGCGGGCCCACAGCCCAGAGCUCAUUCCCAGAGCUCCGCCCCAGGCUUCCCUGCACGGCUGGGGUGCAGAGAAGCACCGAGGUUCCGUUCCCCCUUGAGCUGGGGGGAGCCGUUUUCUCCCACUCCCAGGCUGGCCUUGGGGGGGUUUCUUCACGGCAUUAUGUCCUUGGAAUAAAUGCCUAUUUUGUCAAUUGA